GUCUGUGUGUCGGUAUUUGCAGGGGACCUGAUGGAGUGCACAAGUAUUGACAGGUGGUCCUCAGGAGUGUGUAAGAACUCACAGAGCGUCCUCAGGGGUGCGUCUGUGGGGCGGACAAACAUGUAAGGGGGACGUGCAGUGUUGACUUGGGGUCUCCCUGCCUGUGUCAGUAUGUUUCAGAGGCCUCCCAUUAUCAGCCGCUCCCCGGGAAAAUCCAGCAGCGCCCAGAAGGGCUGCUAGUCUGCAUCGAUACAGCUCCCAAGGGUGCCGGUGUGGCGACUGCACGAAAGAGAAAGCAAAAGAGUGGAGCCCUUGUUGCGAUUCCGACGUCGCAGGCGUCACUGUUUCGGUCUGCAGAGUCGACAGGAAGUUCGGGUGGGCGGCGAGCGGGACCCAGGACUCGCGACGACCCGUCGGUAAAUCUCGCUCCGCCACCGAGGCCGAGAGUCGCGACAGGUUCCGCGCCCACCCACUCCAGUUUCCAACGCGCCUCUACGCCUCCUCCCCCCCACCCCACCACCACCCCAUGUCUCGGGGCCAGGGCUCCCCCGUGACAGCCAUGGUACAGCCCGGCGCACUGGUGGACGGCGACCCGGAGACAGUCGCCGGGGAAGGCCUGCUGACUGCCCGUCCUGUCAGUGGAGUGACCCCAGUGACCCCCGCCGACCUCAGCACCAUGGAGACGCUGGUCCAGGCCAAUCGGCACUUGCAUCGCGAGAACGUCAGCCUCCGAGAGGCGAUCCGUCAGAGUAACCAGGCGCUGCGGGAGCGCUGCGAGGAGCUGCAGGAAUUCCAGGCGCGGAACAGGAGGGAGAGGGAGUUCGUGAUGAGCCGGUUCCGGGAGGCCAGGCAGCUGGUCGAGCAGCUGAGGGCCGCCAACGGGCAGCUGCAGCGCAGGGCGAGCGAGGGGAUGGCGGUAGGAAGCCCCUCCCGUGAUGCCUCCGAGAGUGCAGAGAGCUCCCUCGCCUCCUAUACCACCAUCACCCAGAGCAUGUUUAACCUCCCCGCCGCACAGCAGCCCGAGGAUGCCAGGGCUCAGGCGGAGAUCCCGGAGUACGUGCGUCUCCUGAAGGAGCGGAAGGAGGAGCUGGAGGACGACCUGCGGGUCAUGAGGACCGAGAACCAGCUGCUGCGGCAGCAGUUGGCGCAGACCGGGACGGCGCAGGUGGUAGGGCGGGAAGAGGUAAAGGCACCGAAUGAGGAAACUACCGGCCAGUCGCCAGUCAGGAGGCCGGAGUCACAGGAGGGGCCCCCCGGGCCGGAGAGACCCCCGGCACAGCUGGAACAGCUGGAGCAGCGGCUGAAGAAGCAGGAGGCAGAGUUCGAGGCCAGGGUGCAGGGCCUGAGCCGCCAGGUCGAGCAACUGUCCGACGACCGAACCUCACUGAAAGCUCAGGUCACCUCGCUGCUGGCCGAGCUGAUGGACAGCCAGAGAACGGUGGAAGCCCUGAGGACGCGGAGCGUCGGCCUGGAGGACAAGUGCCAGGCGUUGGAGGAGAGGCUGAGGGUGCAGGAGAAAGAUGCAGAGGCCCAGAAGAAACAGUCAAGUGUCACCAUCGACCAGCUCCGGAUCGCAGUCCACAACUCGGAGUCUGCCCUGAAGACGGAGAGACAGAACGCAUCGGAGGACAAGAGGAAACUGGCCCAGUUGCAGGCUGCCUACCAUCAGCUGUUUGCCGAAUAUGACCACACAGUCAGGGACGGCAAGAGGAACAAGGGCCAAGCAGAAGACAUUGCUGAUCAGCUGAAGGAGGCCGAGGCCGCCCUGGCCAUUAAGCAGGACCUGAUCGACAAGCUGAAGGAGGAGGCCGAGACCAUGAAGGCAGAACUGGAGACGGUUCCUGUCCUGAAAGCCCAGGCCGAGGUUUUCAAGGCGGAUUUUCUGGCGGAGCGGGCGGCCCGCGAGAAACUGCACGAGCAGAAGGAGCUGCAGCAGGAGAGGAUGAAGGCACUGCAGGCCGAGUUCGAUAAGCUGCGGGCAGAGCACGACAUGGCCACCAGGGCUCAUAUCGAGGAACUGCAGCGGCGACACAGCGACAGCCUGCGCACGCCCAUCGGUGGCCAAGGCCCGUCGCAUCCAGGUAACUUCUACCCGAACGGCAGCACCAUCCCAUUCAACGUGCCCUCGGAGCCGGGCCUGCGGCACAUGUUCCCGGACGAGCAGCCGGAUUUCCGAUGCCCCAAGUGCCAGUACCAGGCUCCGGACAUGGACACCCUGCAGAUACACGUCAUGGACUGCAUUCAAUGAAACGUCCCCCCCCACCACCACCCCAGCUCGCUCGCUCGCUCUCUCAUACGGGAGGGGACCCUGAGAGAGAUGAGUCCCACUUCGUGGGCUCUGUGGCCAAGGUGCAAGAAAUCAUUUCCUGGAUGGGCUGUUAGAGGAAUGGGGAGGGGAGGGGUGCCCCCGAGGGUUUGGGACCCCUCUCCCCUCCCCUUGCCGCUCACCCCUGAAGUCCCAGAUCCUAGCGUCUGUGCCAGUGUCCCAUUCAGGGGGAAGGGGAUAGGACCAACCUCUGUGCAUCAUUUUUGUGUGUGUGUGUGUGUGUGUGUGUGUGUGUGUGUGUGUAUCCUUGUCUGUCAAGAGUACUGAAGAGAGAUCCCGUGAUCCCUGAUUUAAUCAGUCAGGGUCAUUGGGGUGCAGGACUCACAGACACAGACCUCCUCCUGUCACAAGGACCGCUCCAUAAUAGCAUAGUGGACCGUGUGUGUGUGUGUGUGUGUAGCCCAACCUGACCGUUCCCACUCACCCUAUACCGAGGGGGUAGAUUACACCCAAAACAAUAGUUGUUUAAUAUUCUUCACUCCAUUCCGCUUGGAGGGCGAGGAACAUUCUUUCCCUCUUCCACCAUUUGAGCCCCUGAACCCACAGGUCUGAAGACCUCCACCGGGCCAUCUCCGGAUUUCUCCCCGCCGAACCCUCGCAGCUGGUGGAUCUCUGAGGGGAGGUGCACUGGGUUCGUGCGAUUGAGCCCCGUGCCUUCCAAAGAGACGUGCUGCAAGUUCCACCCCACCCCCAGCGACUGGGUAAGUGGGCCGGUGUGUGUGUGUGUGUGUGAGAAUUUGCCCCCAUCCCCCUGUGGCAACUGGUUAAGUGUGCGUGCAUGAGAGGAACAGAGCGCGAGAGAGACACCCAGACAGACAGAGAGAAACAGGGAGACCGUGAGAGGGGGGACAGGGGCAGAGAGAGAAGAGGGAAGGAAGAUUAGCAAGUGAUUUGCCUAGAUAAGAUGGGGCAAAUGGCUGCCAUGUUCAGCUGAGGAGGCUGUGUUGCUCAAUAUACCACUACUUUUCAAAGGCAAGCUGGUAAAUAUAUAUGCAUUCACACCAAGGUGCAUUUAUUCGCGGGUCUCCAAUGGGGGGGGGAGGGGGCUGAACUCAUUGUCACCAAAGUUAAGCCAGUGAUAACCCUACCGCAAUGCCUCCACUCCUCGAACUCUGAGUGAAGGGCAGUGGCAGAGAUCGAAGGCUUUGGGUCAUUGCCUCCGCAUAGGGAAGGGAGGAGCAGGGAGGGCUGAUUGGGGUCCUAAUGUGACAGGGAAGUGGGGCGGGGGGAAUGACUUCAAAAACAGUCUUAAACGACUUUUGGUAAUUCCCUGGAUCUUUCCCCGCCCCACCUACAACUACUUCUACUCUGAGAGCUACUCCACAAUAACAGACAGCCUUUGCUGUCUACCUAGUUAAUUAAUCAACCUAAUUAAUUAAUUUUUCUCCAUGUGUUAAUAAAUCUAUGUAUUAUUUUAAUAAAAUAAAAGUGUUCCUGGUGACG